CCUGAAACCCUAACUUAGCAAGGAUGGCAGCGACGAUCAUGUCCACAUCAACCACCGUGGUAGGCUUGGCCACCUCCUCCCUCUUAUCGUCUCCGCCCAAGAGAUCAAAUCUCAACUCAAGUUUCAUACGGUCAGGUGGAGUUGCAGCCAGAAACCCUUUGAAGCAACAACUCUCUUCAGGUGGAAAGUUUACAUGCUUCCAGAGAGAUUGGCUGAGGACAGACCUGAACGUAAUAGGGUUCGGGUUUAUAGGGUGGUUAGCGCCUUCAAGCAUUCCAAUAAUUAACGGUAACAGCUUGACGGGACUCUUCUUUCAAAGCAUUGGGUCGGAGCUCUCCCAUUUCCCUACACCCCCUGCUCUCACUUCUCAGUUCUGGUUGUGGUUAAUCACUUGGCAUUUGGGACUUUUCAUUUGCCUCACUUUCGGUCAAAUUGGCUUCAAGGGAAGGACCGAGGAAUACUUCUGAGCUUUCUUAUACUUCGCUUUUUGUGAUUUCUGUAUGUAUUCACUAUAGCUAUC